UCUUUACCCCUAGCGCGACUCUUUCUCCCCGGUCCUCUCAGCGCCGCUCCUGAAAAUAUGUCGGAGGGAGUGGACCUCAUAGACAUCUACGCCGACGAAGAGUUCAAUCAGGACUCUGAAUUUAGUAAUGCUGACCAGAUGGAUCUGUAUGAUGAUGUGCUAGCUGCCAGUUCCCAACCUUCUGAAAGUUGCACUAGCAGCUCCGAGCCACCACCUGAAAGCCGCCAAGAACAAUCUCCCAAGCCGAACAGCAAAUCGCCUGCUAUCCUGUAUACCUACAGUGGACUACGUAAUAAGAGAGCUGCUGUUUAUGUGGGAAGCUUUUCCUGGUGGACAACUGACCAGCAGUUGACCCGAAUAAUCCGAUCGGUGGGUGUUUACGAUGUUGUGGAGCUCAAGUUUGCUGAGAAUAGAGCCAAUGGCCAGUCCAAAGGGUAUGCAGAAGUUGUGGUUGCCUCUGAAAAUUCUGUACACAAACUUCUGGAGCUGCUGCCAGGAAAAAUACUCAAUGGAGAUAAGGUGGAGGUGAAGUUGGCCACCCGGCAGAACCUUGCACAGUUUGAAGCACAGGCUCGAAAACGUGUGCCUCCGAGGGCUCACUCAAGGGAUUCUACAGACUCAAUAGAUGGUCGAGCCACUCCAACGGAGAACACGGUGCCACCACCACGGAUUGAAAAGCCUCCUUCUGUUUUGCCUUUCUUCAACCGCCCUCCUUCUGCUCUCCCACUCAUGGGGCUACCACCUCCUCCAAUCCCUCCACCUCCACCACUUUCCUCAAGUUUUGGAGUCCCACCUCCCCCACCAGGCAUCCACUACCAGCACCUAAUGCCCCCCCCUCCUCGACUCCCCCCUCACUUAACGGUGCCACCCCCAGGGGCAGUGCCACCUGCUCUGCACCUCAACCCAGCCUUCUUCCCCCCACCAAAUGCAGCAAUGGGCCCUCCGCCAGAUGCCUACAGUAAGGCCUCAGCCCCAUAUAACCACAGCAGCCGAGAAUUAGGCCCAUUGCCACCCCCUGUCAGUGAAGCUGAAUUUGAAGAAAUCAUGAACCGGAACCGAGCAAUUUCCAGCAGUGCCAUUUCCAAAGCUGUGUCCGGUGCCAGUGCAGGGGAUUUUAGUGAUGCCAUUGAGACUCUGCUUACUGCCAUCGUUGUGAUCAAGCAGUCCCGUGUAGCGAAUGAUGAGCGCUGCAGAGUCCUUGUCUCUUCACUCAAAGAUUGUCUCCAUGGCAUCAGAGCCAAGUCCUACAGUAUGGGCGGCAGCAGCAGUGGCAGUUCCUCCAGAAAAAGACAUAGGUCUCGGGACAGGUCACCCAGUCGAUCCCGUGAGAGCAGCAGGAGGCACCGAGAUGCAAUCCAUAAUGAAGAUCGGCAUGAGGACUAUUUUCAGGAAAGGAGCCGGGAGCAUGAGAGACACAGAGACAGGGACAGAGAAAGAGAUCGGCAUCACUGAGAGAUGGGAAAUCUUUCCAGGGAGCAUGGGAGGAAUUCAGUGUUUUAUGGACUCGUAUCUCCUGUCCUUAAUCAAGACGAAAGGAUGGAUGCUUCUCCGCCCUCUCCUUCCCACUUCCCAUUGACCCUUCUGGACCCCUUGGAAAGAGACUUUGCCUGCAGAACUCCAUCUGGCACACUGUGGCAUAGGGACCUGAGUUCUGCCAGUGUGAGUUGUGUGCUGCUGCUUCAUGGAGAAACACUGAAUGACUUGGAGUUUAGGAGGGGUUGUCUGAGCCACUGUGACUAGGGGCCACUUCAAUCCAUGGAUUCUUGGACCCAAAGAGAAUGGUGCUUUCCACAGAGGACUACCCACCUCUUUCCUUUCCAUGGCUUUCUAGGAGCACCUGGGGAGGAACCCAUCCAGCUUGUCUCCUGUAGGAAGAACUGUUGCUUCAGCACAGCACAAGAUGUCUGACUGUAGUCUCACUGGAGCUUGUGUCCACAGUCCACACUGCAUUGUCUUCUCAAGCUUCCAGUCUCCUCAAGUCUCAUCCUUUUUCCAAAGCAGCUUCAGUCUUGCUUCUCUAGCACCAUUGUACACAGCUUAGAAUACAGGUUUUUUUUUUAAAUGGGAGCGCAGGCUGGCUAUUGCUUCCAGUCACCCAUUGUUUGUUUCUCUUCUCUCUACCUUACUCCCAAGUCCAGUUUAAGUUUCUGAAAGCUACCAUCUCCAUUCUGCCU